CCUGCCCUGCCCGCACCGCUGCAGCUCCCACCAUGGCUGAGACGGCGAAGCUCCAGCUGUUCGUCAAGGCGAGCGAGGACGGUGAGAGUGUGGGGCACUGCCCUUCCUGCCAGAGGCUGUUCAUGAUCCUGCUCCUCAAGGGCGUGCCCUUCACCCUCACUACAGUGGACACACGCAGGUCCCUGGAUGUGCUGAAGGACUUCGCGCCCGGCUCGCAGCUGCCCAUCCUGCUCUAUGAUGGGGAGGCCAAGACAGACACGCUGCAGAUCGAGGAGUUUCUGGAGGAGACACUGGGGCCCCCCGAAUUUCCCAGCCUGACGCCCUGCUACAGAGAGUCCACCAUGGCGGGCAGUGAUGUCUUUCACAAGUUCUCCACAUUUAUCAAGAACCCAGUGCCCACGCAGGACGAUGCCCUGUACCAGCAGCUGCUGCGCGCCCUCGCCAGGCUGGACAGCUACCUGCGCGCACCCCUGGAACACGAACUGGUCCGGGAGCCACAGCUGCGGGAGUCGCGCCGCCGUUUCCUGGACGGCGACCAGCUCACACUGGCCGACUGCGGCCUGCUGCCCAAGCUCUACAUAGUGGACACGGUGUGCGCGCACUUCCGCCAUGCGCCCAUCCCAGACCAGCUGCGAGGCAUCCGCCACUACCUGGACAGCGCGCUGCAGGAGAAAGAGUUCAAGUACACGUGUCCGCACAGCUCGGAGAUCCUGGCGGCCUACCGGCCCGUCGUACACCCCCGCUAG